AUCCGGACCACGCCCACCACCCAAAACCCUCCGGCUCAUUCUUGCCCACGCCGCGCCGCCGCCUCCUCCUCCUCCUCCUCCUCCUCCUCCUAGGGCUUCUUCUUCUUCCCCUCCUCCGAGCGCCGCCGCCGCCGACGAGAUGGUGCUAUCCAACGACAUCGACCUCCUCAACCCUCCCGCGGAGCUCGAGAAGCUCAAGCACAAGAAGAAGCGCCUCGUGCAGUCCCCCAACUCAUUCUUCAUGGAUGUCAAGUGCCAGGGAUGCUUCAACAUAACAACCGUGUUCAGCCACUCCCAGACUGUUGUUGUGUGCCCAGGCUGCCAAACGGUGCUCUGCCAGCCCACAGGAGGGAAGGCCAGGCUCACCGAGGGCUGCUCCUUCCGCCGGAAGGGCGACUAGAGUGUGAGUCGUUCAUUCAGAAGACGAUGUUUUUGUGCCAAGCAAGUGUUCCACCUCCAAGGAUGUAGUCUUCGAGUUUUGCUCUAGUUAGCACAGAAAUAUCUAUUUUGCAAGUGUUAUGUUAUGUAUCCCGAGCUACUUCUGAACAUUGUCAUCAUGGAGGUCUAAUUAGUUGGGUUUAUUUGAGAUUGUUCGAUGAACUAAAUUGGUGGUUGAUAGUCUCAGGGGCAAACUGUUUGAAUUAUAAGCUGGUGUGGAAGAUAUUUAUUGACAUCUCGUUUUGUGUUUGACAGUA